GCGCUGCUGCCCGAUGGGAGUGCCCUGGCGUGUUGGAUGAAGUCGGUGCUUGUACCACACCAUGUCAUCAUGUGUCUCUAGCCCGCCCAGUAGCGACCGGACCACCCCCCAGGAUGAGCUGGGGGGCAGGAGUGGCAGCAGCGAAGGCCAGAAGCCCUGUGAGGCCCUGCAGGGCCUCUCAUCGUUGAGCAUCCACUUGGGCAUGGAGUCCUUCAUUGUGGUCACCGAGUGUGAGCCGGGCUGUGCUGUGGACCUUGACCUGGCCCGGGACCAGCCCCUGGAGGCCGAUGGCCCAGAGGUCCCCCUCAACCCCUCUGCAUCCCAGGCCCGGCCCCACCUCUCUGGUCGCAAGCUCUCCCUGCAGGAGCGGUCUCAGGGUGGGCUGGCGGCCAGCGGCAGCUCGGACGUGAACGGCCGCUGCAUCUACCCGUCCCUGCCCUACUCACCUGUCAGCUCCCCGCAGUCGUCACCACGGCUGCCCCGGCGGCCCACAGUGGAGUCGCACCACGUCUGCAUCACGGGGAUGCAGGACUGCGUGCAGCUGAAUCAGUACACACUGAAGGAUGAGAUCGGAAAGGGCUCCUAUGGUGUGGUCAAGCUGGCCUACAACGAGAAUGACAAUACGUACUAUGCAAUGAAGGUGCUGUCCAAAAAGAAGCUGAUCCGACAGGCUGGUUUUCCACGUCGCCCCCCACCCCGAGGCACCCGGCCAGCUCCGGGGGGCUGCAUCCAGCCCAGGGGCCCCAUCGAGCAGGUGUACCAGGAAAUCGCCAUCCUCAAGAAACUGGACCACCCCAACGUGGUGAAGCUGGUAGAGGUCCUGGAUGACCCCAACGAGGACCACCUGUACAUGGUGUUCGAACUGGUCAACCAAGGGCCGGUGAUGGAAGUGCCCACCCUCAAACCGCUCUCUGAAGACCAGGCCCGUUUCUACUUCCAGGAUCUGAUCAAAGGCAUCGAGUACCUACACUACCAGAAGAUAAUCCACCGGGACAUCAAACCUUCCAACCUCCUGGUCGGAGAAGAUGGGCACAUUAAGAUCGCUGACUUUGGUGUGAGCAAUGAGUUCAAGGGCAGCGACGCCCUCCUGUCCAACACCGUGGGCACCCCCGCCUUCAUGGCCCCUGAGUCGCUCUCAGAGACCCGCAAGAUCUUCUCUGGAAAGGCCUUGGAUGUCUGGGCCAUGGGCGUGACACUGUACUGCUUCGUCUUUGGCCAGUGCCCGUUCAUGGACGAGCGGAUCAUGUGUCUACACAGUAAGAUCAAGAGUCAGGCCCUGGAAUUUCCAGACCAGCCCGACAUAGCAGAGGACUUGAAGGACCUGAUCACCCGAAUGUUGGACAAGAACCCCGAGUCGAGGAUUGUGGUGCCAGAAAUCAAGCUGCACCCCUGGGUCACGAGGCAUGGGGCCGAGCCAUUGCCGUCGGAGGACGAGAACUGCACGCUGGUCGAGGUGACCGAAGAGGAGGUCGAGAAUUCGGUCAAACACAUUCCCAGCCUGGCGACCGUGAUCCUGGUGAAGACCAUGAUCCGUAAACGGUCCUUCGGAAACCCGUUUGAGGGCAGCCGGCGGGAGGAGCGCUCAUUGUCAGCCCCUGGAAACCUGCUCACCAAAAAAACCACCAGGGAUUGUGAGCCCCUUUCCGAGCCCAAGGUAACAGAAAAAAAAAAAAAAAAAGGACUGGACUCCAUGGCGUUGACCUGGGCCGCUGGCUGGCUGAACGGACAGGUGUGAGGGGUUGCAAAGCCAAACUCACGUGCUUUUUGGGACAGUUGCUUUUUAAAACAUUUUUAUGCCAAAAAUCCGUUAUUGUGAAUUCAGAACCAUGUCAGAUAUACCACGUAGAUAAGUGUGGGGUUUGAAAAUCAUGGAACAGUGAGCACAACCCUCUGACGGGCUGAGGCCAUGGAGUUCGCUGCUGCAGUUGAGAGGCAGUGGAAGGUUGGAUGUGGCUUCUUGUACAAACCUCAAACUGUGGCAUGUUCCAGAACCAUGGACUCAAGGAGUCAGGGCAGGGCUAGCCCUGGGUAGCUGCAGGGAGCUUCAAUGCAACCUACUUAUAAGAAGGACUUUUUAAUUUUUUUUUUUAAUGGGUAGAAUUGUAGUUAGAAAAACAGAAAGGGCUUGUGGUUUAAAUGCUUCUCUGAGGGAAUUUUCCAGCCCUCAGAGGGUAUUGGCAGCUGUGGUGGGAAAAGUUUCGCCUGGGAGACUGAAUGUGUUCCAUUCUCACAGCUGCUCACAGUGGGUUUCUGAGGUGGCUGACUGAGCGCGAGGACAUCUCUGUUAAAUUAUGAAAACUCCAGGGUGAAAUCCUACACUUCCAUGUACAUUACAUGGCUUAUGAUGAAACAGAAAAUACUUUGAAUUCUCUAACCAGACUGAGCUCUAGAGAAGUUCAGAUAUUAUGUAGAGCUUCCAGGAUAUACUUCACAGCUUCAAGCAUGUGAUUGGGCAUAAGGCUAAUGCCCUGUAUGUUAGCAGCAUAGCUCGUUUAUAACCUGUGUAUUCUAGAGACUGCUAAGGUUUUGUUUUCUUCUUAAAUACUAGCCGAUGGUUGUAGUCAAUGAAAUGCCCAGUUUCUGGCAGGUCAGUUGGGAAAUACUUUGCCUUGUCUGAGAUACAGACGGUCACUGGUAACUGUCGAAGCUUUGUCAGGGUCUAUGUAAUAAUGUCGACGCACCUUUCUAGAAAAGAUGGCUGAAGUCCGAAGCACUCCUUGGACUACAGGAAAGCCAGGGUUUGGUACAGAAAUUCCCUUCGGUAGCCAAAAGUCCAGAAAGAAAAGAUUUGUUUUUGACGUCUAACAAAUAUUGGAAUGUUGGAUUGAGGUUCCAAUGCAACUUCUUCCAGAGACACAAGGGGUGAGAGCCGAGUGCAAAGGGGAGGGAAACUGGAAGGAUGUUUCCUGGGAGAGUCUGAGCUCUGCUUUCCAGGACUUUGCAAACUCUGGUCUGGGGAAGUAACAGCGUCACUCACUGUGCUGAGACUGCUUUCCAGUAACUUCCGUCUGGUGUGUCCUGGUGCAAGGCCUCGUGCCUUCCUGGUCAGCCCACUCACAGAGCUCUGGGUGUUCUUGGCUUCCAGGUGUUCUUAAAACUCUGCACCGGAGUCUGGCCAGACCUUUCUUGUUACCAGAUAAGCAGUUCAGAACUUGGGAGUGCUGGCUUUGAAGAGCAGAGGAUACGCGAUCUCGGGAGGGCUGUCUCGGCUGCCUGCUUUCUCUGUAACCUAGCACUUCCUCUGGCUCUCCUUUAAAUGGUCUGGAAAGGACUCACUCAUACCGCCGCUUCUCGUAGCAGAUGGUUUGAUGUGAUCGCAAUAAGAAUAAGCACCUUGCAGGAGUUAAAGCCAACAGGUCCUAACUGAGUCCCAGCCUGGCUGUGUGGACUCUGGCCUGGCCGGCAGCUCGCCCUCCUGGCGGGCAGCAUGCAGAGCUUCUGCAGAAUCCCCCUGUGUUUACACAACCGCAUCGGGCAAUGCCAUUCCCCCCACCACGACCUUCCCACCUACAGUUUCCCGUGUGGAGUGCCAGUGACCAGGAGACACCUACUGUCGGGACGGAUGGGUUGGAGGCGGCCCACACUGAUAACUUUUUUUUUUUUUAACACCAAAGAGAGCUGUGGGAAGGAACCACCCCCCAGUAGGAAGUAAAAGCGUAGAUGGCUGUGUACAUAAAGCAUUAGUGACCAUUCUCUUGGAGCACAAACACGGACUUUUCAAAAGCCAGGAAAGGGGAGAACCUGUUAAGUGCAGCUUUUCCAGGCGGGCAAGACGGAUGCCCCAAAUUUCCUCCAUAGCUGGCUCGUCUGUGGGACCAAUUUGGUGUAAGUAGCCGGAGGCCUGCACCAUUAGCCUUGAAGGAAGCACAAACACUCUCUCUGCCCACCUUCUGUGUCCUCUGCCCUUCCCCACCUUCCCCAUCCACCCCAUUGGCUGCCAGUGGCUCCU